AUGCGCAACGCGCAUGCAGCACCACAUGGCUUGAUCAAUGCACUCAUGCAGGCAGCACCACAUGGCUUGAUCAAUGCACUCAUGCAGGCAGCACCACAUGGCUUGAUCAAUGCACUCAUGCAGGCAGCACCACAUGGCUUGAUCAAUGCACUCAUGCAGGCAGCACCACAUGGCUUGAUCAAUGCACUCAUGCAGGCAGCACCACAUGGCUUGAUCAAUGCACUCAUGCAGGCAGCACCACAUGGCUUGAUCAAUGCACUCAUGCAGGCAGCACCACAUGGCUUGAUCAAUGCACUCAUGCAGGCAGCACCACAUGGCUUGAUCAAUGCACUCAUGCAGGCAGCACCACAUGGCUUGAUCAAUGCACUCAUGCAGGCAGCACCACAUGGCUUGAUCAAUGCACUCAUGCAGGCAGCACCACAUGGCUUGAUCAAUGCACUCAUGCAGGCAGCACCACAUGGCUUGAUCAAUGCACUCAUGCAGGCAGCACCACAUGGCUUGAUCAAUGCACUCAUGCAGGCAGCACCACAUGGCUUGAUCAAUGCACUCAUGCAGGCAGCACCACAUGGCUUGAUCAAUGCACUCAUGCAGGCAGCACCACAUGGCUUGAUCAAUGCACUCAUGCAGGCAGCACCACAUGGCUUGAUCAAUGCACUCAUGCAGGCAGCACCACAUGGCUUGAUCAAUGCACUCAUGCAGGCAGCACCACAUGGCUUGAUCAAUGCACUCAUGCAGGCAGCACCACAUGGCUUGAUCAAUGCACUCAUGCAGGCAGCACCACAUGGCUUGAUCAAUGCACUCAUGCAGGCAGCACCACAUGGCUUGAUCAAUGCACUCAUGCAGGCAGCACCACAUGGCUUGAUCAAUGCACUCAUGCAGGCAGCACCACAUGGCUUGAUCAAUGCACUCAUGCAGGCAGCACCACAUGGCUUGAUCAAUGCACUCAUGCAGGCAGCACCACAUGGCUUGAUCAAUGCUCUCAUGCAGGCAGCACCACAUGGCUUGAUCAAUGCACUCAUGCAGGCAGCACCACAUGGCUUGAUCAAUGCACUCAUGCAGGCAGCACCACAUGGCUUGAUCAAUGCACUCAUGCAGGCAGCACCACAUGGCUUGAUCAAUGCACUCAUGCAGGCACCACCACAUGGCUUGAUCAAUGCACUCAUGCAGGCAGCACCACAUGGCUUGAUCAAUGCACUCAUGCAGGCAGCACCACAUGGCUUGAUCAAUGCACUCAUGCAGGCAGCACCACAUGGCUUGAUCAAUGCACUCAUGCAGGCAGCACCACAUGGCUUGAUCAAUGCACUCAUGCAGGCAGCACCACAUGGCUUGAUCAAUGCACUCAUGCAGGCAGCACCACAUGGCUUGAUCAAUGCACUCAUGCAGGCAGCACCACAUGGCUUGAUCAAUGCACUCAUGCAGGCAGCACCACAUGGCUUGAUCAAUGCACUCAUGCAGGCAGCACCACAUGGCUUGAUCAAUGCACUCAUGCAGGCAGCACCACAUCGCUUGAUCAAUGCACUCAUACAUGCAGCACCACAUGGCUUGAUCAAUGCACUCAUGCAGGCAGCACCACAUGGCUUGAUCAAUGCACUCAUGCAGGCAGCACCACAUGGCUUGAUCAAUGCACUCAUGCAGGCAGCACCACAUGGCUUGAUCAAUGCACUCAUGCAGGCAGCACCACAUGGCUUGAUCAAUGCACUCAUGCAGGCAGCACCACAUGGCUUGAUCAAUGCACUCAUGCAGGCAGCACCACAUGGCUUGAUCAAUGCACUCAUGCACGCAGCACCACAUGGCUUGAUCAAUGCACUCAUGCAGGCAGCACCACAUGGCUUGAUCAAUGCACUCAUGCAGGCAGCACCACAUGGCUUGAUCAAUGCACUCAUGCAGGCAGCACCACAUGGCUUGAUCAAUGCACUCAUGCAGGCAGCACCACAUGGCUUGAUCAAUGCACUCAUGCAGGCAGCACCACAUGGCUUGAUCAAUGCACUCAUGCAGGCAGCACCACAUGGCUUGAUCAAUGCACUCAUGCAGGCAGCACCACAUGGCUUGAUCAAUGCACUCAUGCAGGCAGCACCACAUGGCUUGAUCAAUGCACUCAUGCAGGCAGCACCACAUGGCUUGAUCAAUGCACUCAUGCAGGCAGCACCACAUGGCUUGAUCAAUGCACUCAUGCAGGCAGCACCACAUGGCUUGAUCAAUGCUCUCAUGCAGGCAGCACCACAUGGCUUGAUCAAUGCACUCAUGCAGGCAGCACCACAUGGCUUGAUCAAUGCACUCAUGCAGGCAGCACCACAUGGCUUGAUCAAUGCACUCAUGCAGGCAGCACCACAUGGCUUGAUCAAUGCACUCAUGCAGGCAGCACCACAUGGCUUGAUCAAUGCACUCAUGCAGGCAGCACCACAUGGCUUGAUCAAUGCACUCAUGCAGGCAGCACCACAUGGCUUGAUCAAUGCACUCAUGCAGGCAGCACCACAUGGCUUGAUCAAUGCACUCAUGCAGGCAGCACCACAUGGCUUGAUCAAUGCACUCAUGCAGGCAGCACCACAUGGCUUGAUCAAUGCACUCAUGCAGGCAGCACCACAUGGCUUGAUCAAUGCACUCAUGCAGGCAGCACCACAUGGCUUGAUCAAUGCACUCAUGCAGGCAGCACCACAUGGCUUGAUCAAUGCACUCAUGCAGGCAGCACCACAUGGCUUGAUCAAUGCACUCAUGCAGGCAGCACCACAUCGCUUGAUCAAUGCACUCAUACAUGCAGCACCACAUGGCUUGAUCAAUGCACUCAUGCAGGCAGCACCACAUGGCUUGAUCAAUGCACUCAUGCAGGCAGCACCACAUGGCUUGAUCAAUGCACUCAUGCAGGCAGCACCACAUGGCUUGAUCAAUGCACUCAUGCAGGCAGCACCACAUGGCUUGAUCAAUGCACUCAUGCAGGCAGCACCACAUGGCUUGAUCAAUGCACUCAUGCAGGCAGCACCACAUGGCUUGAUCAAUGCACUCAUGCAGGCAGCACCACAUGGCUUGAUCAAUGCACUCAUGCAGGCAGCACCACAUGGCUUGAUCAAUGCACUCAUGCAGGCAGCACCACAUGGCUUGAUCAAUGCACUCAUGCAGGCAGCACCACAUGGCUUGAUCAAUGCACUCAUGCAGGCAGCACCACAUGGCUUGAUCAAUGCACUCAUGCAGGCAGCACCACAUGGCUUGAUCAAUGCACUCAUGCAGGCAGCACCACAUGGCUUGAUCAAUGCACUCAUGCAGGCAGCACCACAUGGCUUGAUCAAUGCACUCAUGCAGGCAGCACCACAUGGCUUGAUCAAUGCACUCAUGCAGGCAGCACCACAUGGCUUGAUCAAUGCACUCAUGCAGGCAGCACCACAUGGCUUGAUCAAUGCACUCAUGCAGGCAGCACCACAUGGCUUGAUCAAUGCACUCAUGCAGGCAGCACCACAUGGCUUGAUCAAUGCACUCAUGCAGGCAGCACCACAUGGCUUGAUCAAUGCACUCAUGCACGCAGCACCACAUGGCUUGAUCAAUGCACUCAUGCAGGCAGCACCACAUGGCUUGAUCAAUGCACUCAUGCAGGCAGCACCACAUGGCUUGAUCAAUGCACUCAUGCAGGCAGCACCACAUGGCUUGAUCAAUGCACUCAUGCAGGCAGCACCACAUGGCUUGAUCAAUGCACUCAUGCAGGCAGCACCACAUGGCUUGAUCAAUGCACUCAUGCAGGCAGCACCACAUGGCUUGAUCAAUGCACUCAUGCAGGCAGCACCACAUGGCUUGAUCAAUGCACUCAUGCAGGCAGCACCACAUGGCUUGAUCAAUGCACUCAUGCAGGCAGCACCACAUGGCUUGAUCAAUGCACUCAUGCAGGCAGCACCACAUGGCUUGAUCAAUGCACUCAUGCAGGCAGCACCACAUGGCUUGAUCAAUGCACUCAUGCACGCAGCACCACAUGGCUUGAUCAAUGCACUCAUGCAGGCAGCACCACAUGGCUUGAUCAAUGCACUCAUGCAGGCAGCACCACAUGGCUUGAUCAAUGCACUCAUGCAGGCAGCACCACAUGGCUUGAUCAAUGCACUCAUGCAGGCAGCACCACAUGGCUUGAUCAAUGCACUCAUGCAGGCAGCACCACAUGGCUUGAUCAAUGCACUCAUGCAGGCAGCACCACAUGGCUUGAUCAAUGCACUCAUGCAGGCAGCACCACAUGGCUUGAUCAAUGCACUCAUGCAGGCAGCACCACAUGGCUUGAUCAAUGCACUCAUGCAGGCAGCACCACAUGGCUUGAUCAAUGCACUCAUGCAGGCAGCACCACAUGGCUUGAUCAAUGCACUCAUGCAGGCAGCACCACAUGGCUUGAUCAAUGCUCUCAUGCAGGCAGCACCACAUGGCUUGAUCAAUGCACUCAUGCAGGCAGCACCACAUGGCUUGAUCAAUGCACUCAUGCAGGCAGCACCACAUGGCUUGAUCAAUGCACUCAUGCAGGCAGCACCACAUGGCUUGAUCAAUGCACUCAUGCAGGCACCACCACAUGGCUUGAUCAAUGCACUCAUGCAGGCAGCACCACAUGGCUUGAUCAAUGCACUCAUGCAGGCAGCACCACAUGGCUUGAUCAAUGCACUCAUGCAGGCAGCACCACAUGGCUUGAUCAAUGCACUCAUGCAGGCAGCACCACAUGGCUUGAUCAAUGCACUCAUGCAGGCAGCACCACAUGGCUUGAUCAAUGCACUCAUGCAGGCAGCACCACAUGGCUUGAUCAAUGCACUCAUGCAGGCAGCACCACAUGGCUUGAUCAAUGCACUCAUGCAGGCAGCACCACAUGGCUUGAUCAAUGCACUCAUGCAGGCAGCACCACAUGGCUUGAUCAAUGCACUCAUGCAGGCAGCACCACAUCGCUUGAUCAAUGCACUCAUACAUGCAGCACCACAUGGCUUGAUCAAUGCACUCAUGCAGGCAGCACCACAUGGCUUGAUCAAUGCACUCAUGCAGGCAGCACCACAUGGCUUGAUCAAUGCACUCAUGCAGGCAGCACCACAUGGCUUGAUCAAUGCACUCAUGCAGGCAGCACCACAUGGCUUGAUCAAUGCACUCAUGCAGGCAGCACCACAUGGCUUGAUCAAUGCACUCAUGCAGGCAGCACCACAUGGCUUGAUCAAUGCACUCAUGCAGGCAGCACCACAUGGCUUGAUCAAUGCACUCAUGCAGGCAGCACCACAUGGCUUGAUCAAUGCACUCAUGCAGGCAGCACCACAUGGCUUGAUCAAUGCACUCAUGCAGGCAGCACCACAUGGCUUGAUCAAUGCACUCAUGCAGGCAGCACCACAUGGCUUGAUCAAUGCACUCAUGCAGGCAGCACCACAUGGCUUGAUCAAUGCACUCAUGCAGGCAGCACCACAUGGCUUGAUCAAUGCACUCAUGCAGGCAGCACCACAUGGCUUGAUCAAUGCACUCAUGCAGGCAGCACCACAUGGCUUGAUCAAUGCACUCAUGCAGGCAGCACCACAUGGCUUGAUCAAUGCACUCAUGCAGGCAGCACCACAUGGCUUGAUCAAUGCACUCAUGCAGGCAGCACCACAUGGCUUGAUCAAUGCACUCAUGCAGGCAGCACCACAUGGCUUGAUCAAUGCACUCAUGCAGGCAGCACCACAUGGCUUGAUCAAUGCACUCAUGCAGGCAGCACCACAUGGCUUGAUCAAUGCACUCAUGCAGGCAGCACCACAUGGCUUGAUCAAUGCACUCAUGCAGGCAGCACCACAUGGCUUGAUCAAUGCACUCAUGCAGGCAGCACCACAUGGCUUGAUCAAUGCACUCAUGCAGGCAGCACCACAUGGCUUGAUCAAUGCACUCAUGCAGGCAGCACCACAUGGCUUGAUCAAUGCACUCAUGCAGGCAGCACCACAUCGCUUGAUCAAUGCACUCAUACAUGCAGCACCACAUGGCUUGAUCAAUGCACUCAUGCAGGCAGCACCACAUGGCUUGAUCAAUGCACUCAUGCAGGCAGCACCACAUGGCUUGAUCAAUGCACUCAUGCAGGCAGCACCACAUGGCUUGAUCAAUGCACUCAUGCAGGCAGCACCACAUGGCUUGAUCAAUGCACUCAUGCAGGCAGCACCACAUGGCUUGAUCAAUGCACUCAUGCAGGCAGCACCACAUGGCUUGAUCAAUGCACUCAUGCAGGCAGCACCACAUCGCUUGAUCAAUGCACUCAUGCAUGCAGCACCACAUGGCUUGAUCAAUGCACUCAUGCAGGCAGCACCACAUGGCUUGAUCAAUGCACUCAUGCAGGCAGCACCACAUGGCUUGAUCAAUGCACUCAUGCAGGCAGCACCACAUGGCUUGAUCAAUGCACUCAUGCAGGCAGCUCCCACCAAUGCAACCUGCUCCCACCAGCACGGUACCACCCACCACUACCACCCAGCAGCACCCAGCAACAACCAGCAGCACUCACCAAUGUAG